UAGGCCCGGCUAUGAAGCGAUUUUUAGUGUGAUUUCUUAAAAAGUUUAAUUAAAAUGCCGCCCGGAACGCAAAUAACGAGUGACAGCGACCUGGAUGGAGUCCUGGAAGAGUUCAAGCAGCGCCAGGAACGUCAAGAGCGCCGCAAUAGCGUUGGCUCUGCCAAAUACUCCUGCAGUAUUGGGAAUUGUGAGGCCACCUUCAAGCGUUUGGACCAGUUGGACCGCCACGAAUAUCACCAUACGGGAAUUAAAAAGCACGCCUGCUCGCACGAAGGCUGCGACAAGACCUACUCGAUCUUGACGCAUUUGAAGCGCCAUUUGCGGAGCACCCAUGAAAGACCUGAGGCGGCGGCCCAGAAAACGGUCAAGUGCUUGCUGGAAGAGUGCGACAAGAUGUUCAUCUCCUUCAGCAAUAUGACGCGGCAUAUGCGCGAGGCUCACGAGAGUCCACGGGUCUAUCCGUGCAGCCACUGCGACAGCAAAUUCUCGCAGAAAUUGAAGCUGAAACGCCACGAGAUUAGGGAGCACACGCAGGACUAUCCGUUUCGCUGCACCAAAUGCGCCAGGGGAUUCUAUCAGGAGUGGCAGCGCGAGAGCCACGAGGGCAGCUGCAAGCUCUACACCUGUCCGUCCUGCCCCUUGACCUUCGACAAGUGGUCGUUGUACACCAAGCAUUGCAAGGACACGCAGCACGGCAAGAAUCGACAUCGGUGCGAGCAUUGUGGCACCUGCUACAGCAAGCCCAGCGAUCUGAAGCAGCACAUCGAGGCCAAGCACAAGGAUUCGGAGGCGAGCUUCACCUGUACCGAGAAGGGAUGCAACAAGACCUAUUCCUACGAAAGGAAUCUCCGCCAGCAUGUGCUGUCUGCCCAUACGGGCAGGCGUUUCGAGUGUCAGGCGAUUGAUUGCGGACGCUGCUUCAGCAGUGCCCAAAAUCUGGCUAAGCAUGUGGUCAGGGACCACAAGAAUGCCAAGGGUAAGACGGACGAAGAUCAGGAUGCUGAAGAGAAGCAAUCCAAAACGAAGGAAAGCGCCAAAGACAAAAAAUCCAAGUCUCGAAAGCGACGUCGCGAUGCUGGCCGCAGCAAACAGUCCCGACUGUCCAAGCUGGCCUGCCUUCAACUCAAGGAUAAGGCUGAAGAGGAGGCGGUAAGGGAGCGUGAGCCGUUGGCACUGGAAAAGGUCACCCAGUCGCUGGAAACUGAUCCCGUCGAGGAGUUGCUGGCACAGACUCUGCAGGACGAAGAGGAACUGGAGUAAAAAAAAGACAAAAACAUUCUUGUAACCUUAACCAAAACCAGCAGAAAAGGAAGUGGAAAUAAUAUCUCAUGUAGAAGUAGAAGUCGAAACAAGACCCAAGGCAAACUCUGUACAAAAAACGAAUAGUCCUUAAAAACAAAGGCCAAUACAUAGAAAUUAUCUUGCUUUUACUUUUAGAAGCCAUGUACAAGCUACAAAAACCUAUUUUCUUAAUGAAAAUAAACUAGGACAAGUUUCUCUACUCCUUAAAUUAUAAAUAAAAACCUGCUUUUAUAUAAAUAUAAAACCAAA